UACUCCGACCUUUUCCGCUGCCCCUCUGCCGGCUUUCCUUCUGCUUCCCAGCUCGUUGCUGGCCUUGGCUCCGGCCUCUCAGCGCCCUUUACAGGAACCCAGCCGUGCUCUCUCAUCUCGUUUCUCCCCCGAGGCUUGGGGCGGCGGUAAGUCGCGUCCUCGGGGCCGAGGCCUGCGGCGCGGAGAGUCCGCGCAGACUUGACCCCGCGUCGCCGCGCAGCUCCAAGGAAGCCGCCGUCGGGAUGCCGCAGCCGGGGUCCGCGCCGUGCUGGGCGGCCGCCGCGGGCCGUUGGGGCUGUAGGUUGCUCGCGCUGCUGCUGCUGCUGCUGCUGUCGCUGUCGUCGCCAGGGCCUGCGGGCGCCUCGGAGAUCACCUUCGAGUUGCCCGACAAUGCCAAGCAGUGCUUCUACGAGGACAUUGCCCAAGGCACCAAGUGCACCCUGGAGUUCCAGGUGAUUACUGGCGGUCACUAUGAUGUAGACUGUCGAUUAGAAGAUCCUGAUGGUAAAGUGUUGUACAAAGAGAUGAAGAAACAGUACGAUAGUUUUACCUUCACAGCUUCCAAAAAUGGGACAUACAAAUUUUGUUUCAGCAAUGAAUUUUCUACCUUCACACAUAAAACCGUGUAUUUUGAUUUCCAAGUUGGAGAAGACCCACCUUUGUUUCCUAGUGAGAACCGUGUCAGUGCUCUGACCCAGAUGGAGUCAGCCUGUGUUUCCAUUCACGAAGCUCUCAAGUCUGUCAUCGACUAUCAGACUCAUUUCCGGUUGCGAGAGGCUCAAGGCCGAAGCCGCGCCGAGGAUCUAAACACCAGAGUGGCCUAUUGGUCAGUAGGGGAAGCCCUCAUUCUUCUGGUGGUUAGCGUAGGCCAGGUGUUCCUGCUGAAAAGCUUUUUCUCAGACAAAAGAACCACCACCACUCGUGUUGGAUCAUAACUGCGUUUGAGAAUCCACGCCCAUCACCACUGUCACUGCUGUCCUCUGACUGUAGGUACUGAAGAACUUAAUAUUGGCUACAUUUUAAAACCUUAUGCAUACACUUCCCAGGAGAGAUGUGCAGUGCAUUCUCCCAAACUGUGCGAAAGACACCUUUUUUAUUUGUAAAGGUGGAAAGACUUUGGAACCUGCUUUGGGCUGUUCAUGUUAAACACAAUACCAGUGAUCUACUUUUUUCUCGGUUGUUUAUAUCUAUUCUUCACACACUAAACUUUGGUGUUCUGGUUCCUUUUAACCAUUUAAGAGUACUUUUCUUAUAGGUAGUUGAUAUUUUAAAAAUCUUAGAUUUCAAUGUCUACAUAUGUGUGGAGGAAGAAAACUGCCUUUUAAUUGUUUAUAGUGAAUAAAGUUGUGUUUUUAAAAAAACCAAAUGUGAUUAACUAUAGCCCGAGCCCUAUUCUGCACUGCUUAAUUUUAUGGGGGAAAAGUCUACUGUAGAAAUGUUAGUUAAUGUUGAUACAAUUUUAAUUCUAUAUCAUGAUAUAAUUUAUUUCUCACUAAUUUAGAAAAUGUCCAGUUUUUGUUCUUUGGGUUUAUUUUAUGAUUUGUAACUAGUUAUGUUAUUUUCUUUAUUAAAUAAAGGCCUUCUUAACCACACAGAAAACAGCUUAAUAGAUUUUAUACAGAUCCUAACACUCAGACUGUUAUAACAGAUACAAUAAUUUGAAAAAUAAUUUGAAACACUACAAGGGAGCAAAUGAAAUAGGAAAAGUUUUAUUGAGUUAUCUGCACUCAUUACACUUUUUAUAAAGAAGAAAGGUGAUCUGAGUCACUUAACAUUGGGAAUGACUAGUUCUUGCUCUUAUGUGGCUUUAAUGUCCUCGAGUCAUUCACAACUUAAGUUGACAGUUGUACUAUAGUAUCACAUAAGUGCCAUACAUUUUAUGCUCAUGGGUGAGAUGCACUGAGAAGUUAGCUUGGUUUGUUUUUUGUUUGUUUGUUUGUUUGUUUGGCUGUACUGCGGCUUGGGCUCAGGACCUUCACCAUGAGCCACUCCACCAGCCCUAUUUUUAUGAAGGGUUUUUCAAGAUAGGGUCUCUCGAACUAUUUGCCCAGACUGGCUUCAA